AUGGGGGUCGCCUUCUUACUCCCACUGGCCGCGGCGGCGUUCUUCUUCCUCGGCGGCGCCACCGCCGCCGGCCAUUCCUCCUUUCUCUUCGCCGGCGGCAAUGCCAUCUCGGCGGCGCCGACGUACAUCCCCGGCGCCCCCUCGCCGGCCCCCUCGCCGGAAUAUUCACCGGCUCACUCGCCGGCAUAUUCGCCGGUCCACUCGCCUGACUCUUCGCCAGCUCCUUCGCCGGCGACCGACGAACUGCCGGUGCUCCCCACGCCGAGGAGUGGCGGCGGCGCCGCUAUGCCGACCAUCCAGUCCAAUCCGAGCCCCCCCGACCCGGAUAAGUUCGGACCAACCACGCCGUUGGACCCCUUCGGCUCGUCGGAGGCAGCUAUCCUCCCGUCGGCGGGGCCGCCGCUGUCACCGGCAAUGAUCUCCCCGGCGGCGGUAUGCGUCCUUCUGCUGCUCCGCAGGUGGUUGUAG